AUGUUCGAAGCAGGAUAUGAACAAUACCUGCCCAUUGAGAGAGUUAUAAUCCAUCCAAAUUAUAGCUUUUGGACCGCUGACUUGGCUCUUAUACAUACAUUCGCAGGCAUGAUGUCCGAUAAACCCGGACGUAUUGUACCUUUGGCGAACGAAAAGACAAAUACACCAGUUCUGUCGAAUGUAGUAGUUUUUAGCUGGAAUCCUUACAAGUUGAAUGACACUACUGGAUUACGGACUCUUUCAACUAUCAACAUAUUUCUUGAUAAGAAAAAAAGACUGAGGCAGCGUCGAAAACGAAUUAAAGCGAAAUUAAGACAAAACACGAUGGAUGAUGGAGAUCAAAUCAAGUAUAAUCCUAAGGAGUCGUCGUUGGAAGCACGUUCUAGAUAUCGUCACCAAAAUAUAAGGGACAGUCACAGUAACGUGAAACACUUUAACAGUAAGACUGAACAAUUAAGCUGGGAAAGGCAGAAGGAUAAUUUUGAAAGAGUUUCUAUAAAAGAGCGUAUAACUCAAAGGAACAGAUAUACAAAGAAACCGUAUGGUGUUAUGCCGUACCAUAAAAAUGGUUGGAGAAGGAAAAUAGGGGAUCAAGCGAACUCUGGAGCACCAGCCAUGCGUCGCGGCCAUUUACUUGCAGUGACAAUUGCUGGAGUAGAUUUUGAAGGAGAGAGAGUCGCUAUUGGAAUAAAAAUUUCUUGUUUCUGUUCUUGGAUAUCAGAGAAUAUUCCUAAAAGUGGCACCAAUUUGGUAUGCUGUAAGAACUGUUGCGACAAAAAAGAAGACAUUGAUUACAACAGCCAAUAUAUCAAACUAAAAGCAAGCAAGUGA